AUGGCCAGCCGUCGUGCGCAAGGUAAAUCGUACGCGGAAGCGGUCGCUUCUCCAGUACCAGAGAAACAAUCCGAUUCCGAUGUGACGCCAGCAGUUCCCACAAAUGUCAUCUUCAAACUGCUGGGGUUCUCCGCGGCGAUGAUCUCAUUGCCGAUUAGCAUGUACUUUGUUGCAGGGAGGUUUGGCGCGAGUCCGACUGUCGCCGGCAUUAUAGCCGCUGCUACGGCCAAUAUUGUCUUGUUCACGUAUGUCUAUGUCGCAUGGCAGGAUGAUCGGCUGGAGAGAGAAGCCCUAUCAAAGAAGCAAGAAAAGAAGGCGCAAUAA